AUGCCAUCUCACGAUGUUCUCGUCACCGGCUCCUCAGGCCACCUUGGCACGGCAUUGAUGCUCACGCUCCCCUCGCUGAGAUUCAAUCCCGUCGGCAUCGACGUUGUUGCCUCCCCAACGACUCGGCACGUGGCAUCCGUCGGUGACCGCGCCGCCGUGUCCAACAUUUUGCAAUCCAACCCCAUCAAGCACGUCCUGCACACGGCGGCUCUACACAAACCCCACGUGGAAAGCCACACAAAGGAACAGUUUGUGCAGACAAACAUCACCGGCACGCUGGUCCUGCUCGAGGAAGCAGCCAAGCUGGGCAGCCAGAUCGAGAGCUUCGUCUUCUUCAGCACAACAAGCACCUCUGGACUCGCGUCGAGUCCGAGUCCCGGAGAACCCGCCGCUUGGAUCGACGAGACGGUGGUGCCGGUGCCGAAGAACAUCUAUGGCGUGACGAAAGUCGCCGCCGAGGACAUGUGUGCUGUUGUGCAGAGGCAGACGGGGAUGCCGGUGGUGGUGCUGCGGACCAGCCGCUUCUUUCCCGAGGAGGAUGACGACGAGGACCGGCGCAACGCGAUGGGGGACGACAACCUCAAGGUCCUGGAGCUGGCGUAUCGGCGGUGCGACAUUGAGGACAUUGUUUCUGCGGCGGUGUGUGCCAUGGAGAAGGCGCGCGGCAUCAAAUGGGCCAAGUACAUCAUUAGCGCGCCGUCGCCUUUCCCCCGUGAUUCCAAGACUUUGGCUUCCCUGGACUCCCGUCCCGAGGAGGCUUUUUGCCAACUUGUGCCCGCGGUCGACGAGGUCUUUGGGACAAAGGGCUGGAAACACCUCGCGAGGAUCGAUAGGGUGUAUGAUUCAAGCAAGGCUGUGCGCGAACUCGGGUGGCGGCCAAAGUACACAUUUGUUCAGACGGUCGAGAGGUUGGCCAAGGGGGAGGCGUGGAGGAGCGAGUUGACAGAUAGGGUCGGCAAAAGGGGCUACCACGCUGUGAGUACGGGGGUCUACACGGAGCGAUGA